UCUCAGUUGAACACAUUUGACAUACGAGAGCAGUUUUUGAGACUAUGUACUCCUUUUCAAUGAAUUCCUGUGACUGGUCCCAGUCUUCUUACAUUCCACCACCUCAAAUAGGCCUGAAUUCUGGACCCCCGAUGGCCCAAAAUGACUUGACGACACCUCCAUAUCCACCUCCUCCUUACCCACUGCAGGAUUGCAGAGAUGAGGUGGAAUCUGUCGCCCUUCCAAGAUCUGAUGCAAUUGAGACCCAUUGUGGUGUUAUCAGACCCGAAAAUUUGAUCUGGGAUCCUUCAAAUCUUAAGGAGCUUGGUCCAUUGAAACUUGUGGGUGUUUACAACCUUCCACCAGCCUUCUGGCCUGCCGUCACAGAGCAGGGAGAGGACAAGCGCGAGCUGUCUCUCAGCGCUGGCGUCACGGAAGCUGCAGCCACUGAUUCUGAGGAACUUCUGCCUUAUUUCACAGGCUCAAGAAAGAGAAAGAGGGCUAUUUACUCUGGCAAUGAGUUCUCUCCUGCUGCUGUCGAACAUUUUGAGAUGCAUGAUGAUUUUGAGCUCUCUGAGCCUCCACAUUCAAAGCCUCGCUUGGACUCUUGUGUUGAAGAUGUUCUCUCUCUUUGUCAUGGCAGUGAUGUGGAUGGGACAAACAGAGCUGAUGACAGCAUCAACAUAAAGAAUCCCUCCUCCUUCGUGCCAUAUGAUACGACGGACCUUUUGGAGGAUUUUGAUUUCUUGACACCUUCCCAUCAAGCAAAUGAGAUCAUUUCAGGCCUCUCUGUAGAUGAAUACUAUGGACAGACAGAGAUUGCUGCCGUCACAGAGCAGGGAGAGGACAAGCACGAGCUGUCUGCAGCCACUGAUUCUGAGGAACUUGAACUUCUCUCUUAUUUCACAGGCUCAAGAAAGAGAAAGAGGGCUAUUUACUCUGGCAAUGAGUUCUCUCCUGCUGCUGCCGAACGUUUGGAGAUGCAUGAGGAUUUUGAGCUCUCUGACCUUCACCUGGACUCUUUUGAGAGUAUUGAAGAUCUUUAUCAUUACAUCUUCUCCGACGAAAGCACUGCUUUUUACGAUUAAAGCGAUGUAACUGGUUUCUGUGGUUUCUGUAACUCCAAAAAGUUGGCUUUUUUCCCCCUGACAGUCGGACUCGGCCGGAUCUCCGUCACGCUGAUAAUAUUAACUGGUUUGUGAUCUGUAUAAUGUCUGCAGUCUGCAACGAUGGAGGUGUGUGUUGGAGCCUUUUCAUUGCCGUCAUAACAUCAACUGUUUGUGGCCUGAAUCAUGUCUGCAAUGUCGGAGGUGUGUUUUGGAGUCUUUUCUUGUGAGAGGCAUCGUAAUGGUGAUGACAUCUACAGAAGCCAUUCCUUCCGGACUGUACAUCACUGCUGACGCUCUCCACUGAUACACAGAACAGGUUGACGUUUGAGGAGGAGGAGGAAAGGGAGAGUCUGUUCUCGAAGCAAAAACAUGGAUGCUGACUAUGAAGAAUCAUCAUCCAACGACAACAGCUAAAAUACUCUUCCUCAGCAUUAACUGUCCAUUUUGUCAAAUGCAGAAUUAGGUUCAUUCUGAGAAUCGACUCUGAUGGCACCAAACACUAAAGGCACAGAGCAGAUGGAAAUCUGGAAAGAUCCACUCAAAAAAA